GCGCGCCACGCCGAGCGGGGGGCGGUGCGGCGGAGCCCUGCGCUCGUUCCGGCAGCGGGCGCCGCUCCGUUUCGGCCCGCCCCGCACCGGCGACAGGGCGACAGGCUCCGGCGGGCUCUGCUGCUGCUGCUGCUGCUGCUGCCGUCCCGGUCGCUGGAGGAGAAGGAUGGAGCCGGGCAAAGAGCCCCGAGUGACCACGGGGGAGAAGCCCAGCGAGCCAGAGCCAGCGGCUUCCUUCCAGGCCCGGCUGUGGAAGAACCUGCAGCUGGGGGGCAAGGGCCGGAGCGGCGGCGGGCGGGCAGCUGCCGAGCGCCGCACUGCGGAGCCCCUCGCCCCGCCGCCGGCGGCCGGCGGCAAGGGGGACCUCCAGCCCGGCGGCAAGUGGAGCGGCUUCAAGCGGCGGCGGCAAGUGCUGGACCGCGUCUUCUCGUCCUCGCAGCCCAACCUUUGCUGCUCGGCCGCCGAGCCGCUGGAGCCGGCCGGCGAGUCCGGCUCCGCCCUGCGCCGCCUGCGGGAGCACCUGCUUCCCCAGGGCAAGGGGCCGCCGCCCGGCCGCCGCCCGGAGCCCGCCGCCGGCGCUGAGGGGCCGGCGGGGGGCAGGGAGGGGCGCCGGCCCGGGGCGCACCUGUCCCACCAGAAGAGCUCCUCGCUGCCCAGCACCGCCUGCCUGGAGCAGCUGCUGCAGGGCUCGCCCCUCGCCGGCACGAUCCAGGACCAGCGGACGGAGGACGGCGACGGCGGCGCGAGAACUAAUUCCUUUGGAACUAGUAAUGCAGAUUUCCCCCCUGGGGACCCCGGAAUGUACCAGUUGGACGUUACUCUAAGAAAAGGACAGAAUCUAGCUGCACGGGACCGUGGAGGAACAAGUGAUCCAUAUGUCAAGCUCAAACUUGGAGGUAAAGAAGUAUUUAGAAGUAAAACAGUAUACAAGAACCUUAAUCCCGUGUGGGAAGAAAAAGCUUGCAUUCUUAUAGAAAACCUAAGGGAACCACUGUAUAUAAAGGUAUUUGAUUAUGACUUUGGACUUCAAGAUGACUUCAUUGGUUCAGCAUUUUUGGAUCUCACUUCAUUGGAAUUAAAUAGGCAAAGAGAUGUUACCUUGAGUCUGAAGGAUCCUCAUUACCCUGACCAUGAUCUGGGAAGUAUAUUCCUGUCAGUUCUGUUGGCUCCAGGAGACCAGCGAGAAGCGACAAUGCUAAUGAGGAAGAGUUGGAAAAGAUCAAGUAAGUUUCAGACCCAGAGCUUACGUCUGUCAGACCUGCACAGAAAGUCUCAGUUAUGGAGAGGGAUAGUCAGUGUUACCUUAAUAGAAGGUUGUGAACUUAAGGCAAUGGAUGCAAAUGGGCUCAGUGAUCCUUAUGUGAAGUUUCGUUUGGGGCAUCAGAAGUACAAGAGCAAGAUUGUUCCAAAAACUUUGAAUCCUCAGUGGAGGGAGCAGUUUGACUUUCAUCUCUAUGAAGAACGAGGUGGAAUUAUUGAUAUUACCGUGUGGGACAAAGAUGUUGGCAAAAGGGAUGAUUUCAUUGGCAGGUGCCAGAUUGACCUGUCAACCCUGAGUAAGGAGCAAACCCACAAGCUGGAGAUGCCACUAGAGGAGGGAGAGGGAUACCUGGUGUUGCUGGUCACUCUCACAGCCUCAGCAGCAGUCACCAUCUCUGACCUCUCCAUCAACUCCCUGGAGGACCAGAAGGAGCGAGAGGAGAUACUGAAGAGAUAUAGUCCAAUGAUGAUGUUCCAUAACAUCAGUGAUGUGGGAUUUCUUCAGGUGAAGGUCAUCAGGGCAGAAGCAUUGAUGGCAGCUGAUGUCACAGGUAAAAGUGACCCAUUUUGUGUAGUUGAAUUGAACAAUGACAGACUGCUGACACAUACUGUCUACAGGAACCUCAAUCCAGAAUGGAACAAAAUCUUCACAUUCAAUAUAAAGGACAUCCACUCAGUGCUUGAAGUGACAGUUUACGACGAAGACCGCGAUCGAAGUGCUGACUUUCUAGGCAAAGUUGCUAUACCAUUGCUGUCUAUUCAAAAUGGUGAACAGAAAGCCUACGUCUUGAAAAACAAGCAGCUGACAGGGCCAACAAAGGGGGUCAUCUAUCUUGAAAUAGAUGUGAUUUUUAAUGCUGUGAAAGCCAGCAUACGAACCUUAAUGCCCAAAGAACAGAAGUACAUUGAAGAGGAAGACAGACUGUCUAAACAGCUGCUGUUAAGGAACUUCAUCCGGAUGAAGCAUUGUAUCAUGGCACUCGUUACUGCUGUUUGCUAUGUUAGCAGUUGUUUUGACUGGGAUUCUCCACCAAGAAGUCUAGCUGCUUUUUUGCUUUUUCUUUUUGUCGUCUGGAACUUUGAGCUCUACAUGAUACCACUGGCUUUGUUGUUGCUGCUGGCAUGGAACUACUUCUUGAUCAUAUCAGGAAAAGAUAACAGGCAACAUGAUACAGUAGUGGAGGACAUGCUAGAGGACGAGGAAGAAGAGGAUGACAGAGAUGACAAGGACGGUGAAAAGAAAGGAUUUAUGAAUAGACUUUAUGCCAUCCAGGAGGUGUGUGUCACUGUCCAGAAUAUCCUAGAUGAAAUCGCUUCUUUUGGUGAAAGGAUCAAGAAUACAUUCAACUGGACUGUCCCAUUCCUGAGCUGGCUGGCAAUUGUUGCCCUCUCUGUGUUCACCAUCGUCCUGUAUUUCAUUCCACUGAGAUACAUUGUCCUUGUCUGGGGCAUCAAUAAAUUUACAAAGAAGAUUCGAAAUCCAUAUGCAAUUGAUAACAAUGAGCUACUUGACUUUCUGUCCAGAGUCCCUUCUGAUGUGCAAGUGAUGCAAUACCAUGAAUUGAAACAAGAUCCUACUCACAGCCCAAGCAAGAGAAAGAAAAACAAUCCUGCCUAGCCAACUUCAUGUGUGGAGGAGACCAGCAUCUGCCAGGGGAAGAUAAAAGAGCAAGCCUAAAAGCAUUUCCCUUCCCUAAGCUUUUUAUUUAUCUUGCCUUUUUAUCUAGUGGGGAGAUUUUGUAACAGUAUUGAAAGGUGUUUCUCAUGGAAAAUCAAUUUCUCAUUGUAAAGACAUUUGUUUCAAGUAGGGUUUUUGCCAUUUUAAAGCCUUAUUAGAAACAAUGUAACACAUUGAAUGAGCAAAUCUAAAAUGGAGAAUAUACAGUGCUUCUUGGUGGUCAAAUACACAUGAGAUAGUCAAACCAUGCCAACUAAACCUACAAAAUGUUUCACUUUAAAUCUGACUCAGAAAUUUCUCAGAUUUUAUUUGUGAGCAUUAAUAUUUUUAUGCAGUCAGUCAUCAUUACAAUUUUCUAUGUUUUGUAUAUUGCAAGAGAAAUACAAUGUAGUGGAGCCUACUGCACUUAAGUUUUAGCAGAUUUUUUUAAAUUUCAGACCCUGGUGUUAACUCCUGGUGCAACAUUUUUCUAUGUGGUAGGGCUGCUUAUAAGACAGUGAGAAACACCAAGUACAAAUCUCUUUCUGGAGCUCCCAAAAGCAGUUCCUGCUGUCUUUAUCAUUCCAUUAUAAAACCUAAAAAUCUGUUUCAAAAUACUGCCAGGUUUGUAACUGAUUGCCUAUCAUAUUUUUCUACAUGUACCAGUAGUGUUCAUUUGUACUACAUAGCUUAGCUCUAACCGGUCAAACUAACUCCAUAGUGCUUUGGGUGUCAUGCUAUGAACACUUUUUUGUGCACAUAACUAUUUUAAUAUGGAUAUCUUGCAGAAAAUGUUUUUCAUUCAAAUCAUAAGAUCAUACUAAAAUGCUUUAUAGUAUAACAUUACCUGUUACCAAUGUAAAAUACUGUGUAGAGGUAAAAAAUGCAGUUGUGGUAAAACUGAUAUACCAGGGCUUUUUCCUUAGUUAAUAAUGUCAGUUCUUCUGAUACAAUCUUUCCCUACUGCAUGAAAACUGCAUUAUCUUAUAAAUUACAUGGAACAUAGAUGAGAAACAUUUACAUUUCAAAUGUCUUAGUGGCCACUGCAUAACGAGUACUUGGGGAUAUAUUCUGGUAGCUGCAUGCAGACUUCCACACUCAGCUCCCCACACAGUGAGCAGAGACUCAUUCCUGAGGGACUACCUGUGCUCCUCAUUAUAGUUCCCAGUGACAUUAAAGGGGAUUUUUUGCCCAGGGGAGAACGACAGGACUGCAUCCUCAAGGGGGGCUGUGGUCCUCUCUCAAUUACCUCUCACUGGUUGCAAUUGCAGAUGAAGUUAUAUUGCACUACUCUAAAAAUACUUUUUGAAAAGUCUAUUUAGAAAUACUUUGCAAGCACAUGUGAAUAUGUAUUUGUCCAAAGAAGUAUGUGUUAGCUGCAUUGCUCAUGAAGGAUCAUCCUGGAUUUCUUUAUUUUGCAAAUAAGAUGAUAGCCAAGUUCUUAUGUGACAGUUACUUUGAUCCUUCUGUUUGUAUAUUUAAAAGAAUGCCAAUCAAAUGAAUGGUCUGCAGACAGCCUUGGACCUAAACAAGCUCUUGUUACAUCUUGACUUUGAAAGAGUUUUAUUUUGCAGCUUGUGUAACCUUUUAGCUGUGUCCUACCUGAAGAGCAACAUAUUAUUGGUGAAAUCAUAAGCACUUGUCAGCCUAUUCUGUUUAAAAAACCAAACUUGUGACUCAACAAGAUGUGAAUGUUUGUUGCCUGUUGUCAGUUUUGCACAUUCCUUUAAUACAGGGCAAGCCUUGUACCUUCUUAACGUUGCCCACCAGCCUUGUCUUUUUUUUGUGCACAAUUUCAAAUGUCUACUUUGGUGGUAAUAUCUGAGCUGGUUAUGCACGUUUCCUGCAUUAAACACACUUCUAAGCAUCA